AUGAUGUUUUCUGCGCUGACCCCACCAUUUCCUGUCCCUGACCGUUCUAAGGCGCUGACCCCACCAUCUCCUGACACUGACCGUUCUAAGGCGCUGACUCCACCAUCUCCUGUCACUGACCGUUCUAAGGCGCUGACCCCACCAACUACUGUCACUGACCGUUUUAAGGCGGUGACCCCACCAACUCCUGACACUGGCCGUUCUAAGGCGGUGACCCCACCAACUCCUGUCACUGACCGUUCUAAGGCGCUGAUCCCUGACCGUUCUAAGGCGGUGACCCCACCAUCUCCUGUCACUGACCGUUCUAAAGCGCUGACCCCACCAACUCCUGUCACUGACCGUUCUAAGGCGCUGACCCCACCAUCUCCUGUCACUGACCGUUCUAAGGCGCUGACCCUACCAUCUCCUGUCACUGACCGUUCUAAGGCCUGA